CUCUCGAGUUUGGGCAGCAUUCAGCAACACUCAUUCAACCACCAAGAUGACCACUCUCUCUGCCAAGGACAAGAAGGUAGUCAAAGCCUUCUGGGCCAAAGUGUCUGGAAAGUCGGAGGAAAUCGGCAGCGAUGCUGUGGCCAGGAUGCUGAGGGUGUACCCGCAGACCAAGACCUACUUCUCCCACUGGAAGGACCAUAGCCCCUCCUCCCCCGAUGUGAAGAAGCACGGACUGACUGUGAUGGCUGGAGUUGGAGAAGCUGUGGCCAAAAUCGACGACCUCAAAGGAGGUCUCCUGAACCUCAGUGAGCUGCAUGCCUUCACUCUGCGUGUGGACCCGGCCAACUUCAAGAUCCUCUCCCACAACCUCCUCGUGGUCAUGGCCACCAUGUUCCCCGACGACUUCACCCCUGAGGUCCAUGUGUCUCUGGACAAGUUCCUGGCUGCUGUGGCUCUGGCUCUGUCUGAGAAGUACCGAUAAACAGCAGGAGAAGAGGCUGCAUAGCAGGAGCUCACUGUGCAUAAUGAUCAAUAAAAGCAUC